AAUGUACUAUAAAUGUUGUUGUUGUCCUCCUAUUCAAGAUCAUUUCCUCACUAGCGUUGCUCCAAUUCACUAUUCUAAACUUAUAGCUUUGUGGCCGCCUUUCCCGCUCCCACGAUUCUGUUUGUAUGUCUUUGUUCAGGGGAAAGUUUACACGCAGCUUUUUAGAGCGUAUUAGCCCUCAAUUGAAAGGAUUAAAGUCCGACAGCGCAUUGCGCUCACAUAAAGCGUCUCGCACGCGACUUCUAUAAACCGCUCAAAGUGGUGGGGGAGGUCUACAAUAAUAAGGAAAGCGGUGUCGCUGGAUCCUUGUAUUGUCUCUCUUCCGUCCACAUUUGAUUUUUUAAACGACAUUCUUCCGCAAAUGGAGGGGUUAGUGUUGUGCGGCCAGGCACCUGAAUCGCGGAAUGUGUGAGUGACUCCGUCUGCACUUAUACUUCUGUUCCUUUGGCAGCUUCCAGGAUCGCAGCAGAGUGAGCUCCUCUUCUGCGCGCUCUGUGAAUCCAUCAUUUGUCCAGUGAUAUUUAUACCCUGGGACUGUGGCAACGUAUAGCUGCGACGGCGGACGGGAUGCGGACGAAGUUUACAGGAUAAAGAGUUUCCGCCGAAAUCAAUUCGAGACACAACAGAAGCGCCUCCUUCACUUAGCACUUGCUAAAGGCUGAGCGUCCGCAACCUGUCGAGAAUAGCGACGAACUGGGUGACGCGUCUCCUCCGCAAAAGAGUCAUCAGCUGCUAAUGGAGCUGGGCAUAUCUUUGCAGAGCAGACCUUCUUAUCAACAUCCCGUGUGAGUUUACGUGAGACCAUGUGUACAGGAGAUAUGAGGAGCUUCUGGACUGUAGUGACAUGCAGGGAAAAUGGGAAAAGCAGAGUGUGACCUGUCCUGUCUGUCUUCCCUGUGUCCCUGUGCAUCUCCACACUGUGGUCUCGCUUGGCAGCAAGACAUCUGACUAUUGGAAGUAAAAAAGAUAUCCUUGUGUGCACGCAGACCUAUAGUUAUGAGCCCCAGGAGCUGCCCACAGGUGAUGCACAGGAGGAGCUAUGCAGAUGGAGGCUACGGAUGGGUUGUGGUGGCCUCAUGCUUUACAGUGACGGGCCUCACAGCAGCUAUGAUCAAGUCUUUUGGGAUUUUCUUCAUCAACUUCCAGGAUUACUUCAAUGAGCUGGCCACCAGUAUCUCUUGGGUCAGCUCUAUUUGUGUAGCUGUCUUUCACUUGGCAAGCCCCAUUGCCAGUGCAUUGAGCAGCUGCCUCUCCCACAGGGCUGUCAUCAUGCUGGGCGGUUUACUGGUCAUGCUGGGAGCUUCAUUGGGAUCUUUGGCAUGGAGCCUUCUGUGGAUGUAUGCCACCACUGGGGUGGUACUGGGUCUUGGCAUCUCCCUGGCAUGGGUCCCAGCACAGAGCAUGGUAAACCAGUAUUUCAGCGAGCGGAGGGCUCUGGCUAAUGCCCUGGCCAGCAGUGGCGAGUGUGUGUUCAUCUUCAGCCUCACUCCAGUAUUCCAAUGGUUCCUUACUGUCAUGAGCUGGCGGGGUGCCAUGCUCAUCAUUGCUGGCAUCCAGCUGAAUGUGUGUGUGUGUGGCGCCCUCAUGAGGCCCUAUAAACGUGUGGACUCCAGAGCUGGCACUAAAGGCCCUCUCCUUGACCUGUCUCUUCUUCGGCUGCCAGAGUUCAUCUGUACUGCCAUGUUUGGGCUGUUUACAGUCUUAGCUUUCUUUGUGCCCUCCAUCUACCUGAUUCCAUUUGCCCAGAGUAAUGGAGUGGAUCAGCUGAGUGCCACAUUCCUUGUGUGUUACUGGGCCAUUACGGAUUUUACUGGGCGCCUUAGCUGUGGCUGGUUGGCAAACUUGGCAUUGGUCAAGAAUAUCCAUCUGCUGGCGGUGAUGGUGGCUAUACUGACUGUGGGUUUGCUUCUCAUGCCCUCUGCCACCAGCUAUACACCCAUGGUGGCUCUCAGCUGCUUCUGUGGCUUCUUCUUUGGAGCCAUGAUGUCUCUCCUCAUCACCGUCCUCAUUGAUGUCGUUGGAGUCUCUAAAGUAGACAGCGCUCUUGGCAUCUCCAUGUUGCUCAGGGGAUUUGGGUGCCUGUGUGGGCCACCACUUUCUGGUCUCUUGGUGGACUCCACAACAGACUUUGGCAGCAGCUUCUAUCUGACUGGAGGUACCCUCUUUAUCUCUUUGGUGUUUCUGCUGUUGGCUGAUUUUUUCAUGAAGAGGAAUCAUAAGAAAUCAUCAGAGAGAACAUCACCGACAGAGAACUAGAUGUGAGGGCUAGUGGACUCUGGAUAUAUAAGAAGUGCAUGGGAGAGGCGCUAUAUAAAUACAUUUUAUUAUUAUUAAGAAGUGCAGGGAUGACUCAGAGUGAGUAAAUGUAAAGCCCAGUUCCACUUGAAGAACUCGUCAUCAGGUGUUCAGGUUAAAGAUGUGUUGCCGGUGAGAGGUGCAGUUGUAUUUUUCCCAGCAGGAUACAGUCUCGAUCUUCUUGGUAACAUUCAGUAGAAAUACAUUGUGACUGUUUGUGCUUCCACCACCAUCUUUUUUCAGAUAGCUCUACCUAGGUCAUGUGCUGCCCUCUUGUGGGGACAAGCUGCCACUGCACUUCACAGACGUGUAACCUAAUAUUAUUUCACUUGUGUCUGUCUAUGCUCAAUAUAAACAAUGGUUGCCACAACUAUUAUAUCCCUCCACAACAAUAGCAAGGAAUCUGUGUUCCUGGCAGGGUUUUGGUCUUAGGCUUAUCGUCAGUUCUUCAAUGUGACCAAUUAUCGACUUUGGUAUUUGACUGUUUAUUCGGUGCAUACUUUGUUACUGACCGAAACCGCAUUAUGACACUACCAUUUUACACCUCCUCUUUCUCUCACUUCAACGUAAGCCUCCCGAUAAAAUGAAAAGACACAUACAGCCCACCUGCGACCAGCAGAAAUGGUCUCACUGGCCUACAUACUCAGACCAACGCACAGAAUCAGAAACAUCGACAUCACGCCAGACCAACCAGCACAGGCAAGAUGCCUUAGAACAGGGGUCACCAGCUCUGGUCUUGGAGGACCACCGUGACUGCAGGUUUU